AUGCAAAUCCAGUCUCUAGAUAAGAUUGUCAAGUUGGACUUGCUGCAGAAUGAAGACGUCAAAUCUAUCACCAAGAUUUGGACAGAAUACCAUUCUGACAAAGACUGUAUUACUGCUGUCAUCCCUUCCGAAGUGUAUGAUACCUUGUACAAACGCAGCCGAGAGUUUCCCAUGUUUGUUUUGCCUAUGCCUAGAGAAUCUGGUAUCGAGUUCUUCUUGUUGCAGUUCAACUUCCACCAGUGUAACUUCACCUCUCUUCUCGAGUAUAAGACCAAGGGGUCUGAGGCAAGACCUUUCUUGACCAUCUCCCAUUUCCCAGAGUUGUCCGAGUCCAAGGGUAUUGUGCUGAUGAAGGGUGAGAUCUCUGACAAGCCACGCAUGAUUGAUGCCCAAAACGCCCAGUUCUUGGUAUUUGCCAUCCAGCAGUUCUAUGUAACUGGCGGAGAGCGCAAGUUGGGUCUCGUAGAAAAGUUCCACAAGGCACCCCAAGAGUUUGAUUAUCAAGAGUUGCUGGAUGAAGUCGAGCGUCUGGUUUAA